GCACACCGCAACGCGGAAAAUAAAAAACACCCAGCGGCGGCGGCGGCGAGAGAAAUGCGAGUGGUGCGAAACGACCGGAGCCAAACGAAAUGGGAACGAUGUAGCGUCGCUGCUGCGGCAUCUCGUAUAGCUAGAACUCACGUUAGAGUAGAGAGCAGAUAGCCGAGGAGCUAGCAGGUCAAACUCGCGUACAUGUAAAGUUACUCCCCCGGGGGAGGCUGAAGCGGAGCCCGGGAAGCGUCUGUUGCAUCAGAGGAGUUUCACCCGUGAGAUAGAAGCAGAGCAAAAGGGGAAGAAGAGGAAGAUGCUGCGGAGAAGAAUCAACCGUCUGCUCGGCAGGGAUGAGAGAAGAGCAGACAGUCGGACUAUCAAUGUUGGACAUCGGACAGGCACCUCCAAUGAGGCCAUCAUCCCAGCCAAGUUCUGUGAUAACAGGAUUGUGUCCGCAAAGUAUACGGUUUGGAACUUUCUUCCGAAGAACCUGUUCGAGCAGUUCAGAAGAAUUGCCAAUUUCUACUUCCUUAUCAUCUUCCUGGUGCAGGUGAUAGUUGACACUCCCACCAGCCCAGUCACCAGUGGCAUACCCUUAUUUUUUGUGAUCACAGUAACGGCCAUCAAGCAGGGCUAUGAGGACUGGCUACGGCACAAGGCUGACAAUGAGGUGAAUAAGUACCCGGUGACAGUGCUAGAGGAUGGCCUCAGGAUACGGAAGGAGAGCGAGAAGAUCAAGGUUGGAGAUGUUGUGGAGGUGGAGGAAGAUGAGACCUUUCCCUGUGAUUUGAUACUGCUGCAGUCGUGCCGCGAUGAUGACACAUGUUUCGUUACCACAGCAAGUCUGGAUGGAGAGUCCAACCAUAAAACACACUACACAGUGCCAGACAUAGAGAAGGAUCUGGAUUCUCUCAACGCCACCAUCGAGUGUGAACAGCCACAGCCCGACCUUUACAAAUUUGUUGGCCGAAUGCACCUCUACACAAAUAACCAGGAGCCUGCAGUGAGGUCUUUGGGCCCAGAAAACCUACUGCUGAAAGGAGCCACUUUAAAGAACACUCAGAGGAUCUUUGGUGUUGCAGUUUACACUGGCAUGGAGACGAAGAUGGCUCUCAACUACCAGGGAAAGUCUCAGAAACGCUCUGCUGUGGAGAAGUCGAUCAAUGCGUUCCUUCUUGUUUACCUUUGCAUAUUGGUGAGCAAGGCCCUAGUGUGCACGACACUUAAGUAUGUGUGGCAGGGCAAACCCGGACAAGAUGAGCCUUGGUACAACGAGAAAACCCAGAAAGAGAAGGACACCAAUUUAUACCUUAAGAUGUUCACCGACUUCCUGUCCUUCAUGGUGCUCUUCAACUUCAUCAUUCCAGUGUCCAUGUACGUGACGGUUGAGAUGCAAAAGUUUUUGGGAUCCUAUUUCAUCACAUGGGACCAGGACUUCUUUGACCCAGAAAUCGAGGAAGGGGCCCUGGUCAACACUUCGGACCUCAACGAGGAGCUGGGCCAGGUGGAGUAUGUCUUUACUGACAAGACAGGCACCCUCACUCAGAAUAACAUGGAGUUCAUCGAGUGCUGCAUCGACGGCUUCCAGUACAGAUACCAAGAUGCAAACUCAGAGGUGGACGGUCCCUGUGUCACAGAUGGACCGUUGAACAAACUACAGCAGAAAGCUGGCAGGGAGAGGGAAGAGCUGUUUCUACGAGCCCUCUGCCUCUGCCACACAGUCCAGGUGAAGGAGUCGACAGAGCGGAGUCAAGACCAAGUGGACGGACUGACAGACGGGGUGGAUGGCUUAGGGGUGGAUGGUGAGGGGAUUCAUCCACCACAGGAGCAGAUAGGCCUCAUAGCCUCCUCACCUGAUGAAGUUGCUCUGGUCAAGGGUGCCAUGAGGUACGGCUUCACAUUUCUUGGUCUUGAAAGUAAAACCAUGAAAAUUCGCAACAGGAACAACGAUGUUGAAAUGUAUGAGUUACUCCACGUGCUGAACUUUGACCCAGUGAGAAGGCGAAUGAGUGUUAUAGUCAGAGCCAAGUCAGGUGAUACAAUCCUCUUCUGUAAGGGAGCGGACUCGUCCAUCUUCCCCCGUGUCAGACAGGAAGAGGUUGAAAACAUCCGCAUGCACGUGGAGCGUAAUGCAAAGGAGGGCUACCGGACUCUGUGUGUGGCCUACAAAUGUCUCAGUGCAGAGGAGUACAACCAGGCAGAUAAAGGACUGAAGGAAGCUAGACUGGCUCUGCAGGACAGAGAAGAGAGGCUCAUGGCUGUUUACAACCAAUUGGAGACUGGGAUGAGUCUGAUAGGAGCCACUGCUGUAGAGGAUCGGCUUCAAGAGGAGGCUGCAGAGACGAUGGAGGCCCUGCAGGGGGCAGGCAUGAAGGUGUGGGUCCUAACGGGGGACAAGAUGGAGACAGCAAAGUCCACUUGUUAUGCUUGUAGACUGUUCCAGAGAAAUACAGAGCUGUUGGAACUAACAGUGCGCACUCUGGACGAAGGAGGAAGGAGGCGCGAGGAACGAUUGCAUGACCUUUUGACUGAAUAUCAUAAAAAAACUGUGCAGGAUGCCCCACCAGCUAAAGCAGGCGUCACCAGGAGCUGGUCUUCAUCAAACCAGGACUUUGGUUUUAUCAUAGAUGGAGCUACUCUGUCCAUGGUACUCAACCCCUCCACUGAGUCCAACGCAAAACUGUACAAGAGCCUGUUCCUGCAGAUCUGUCAGAACUGCACAGCUGUUCUCUGCUGUCGCAUGGCUCCUCUACAAAAGGCACAGAUAGUUAAAAUGGUGAAGAACUCAAAAGGCAGCCCAAUCACUCUUUCCAUUGGAGAUGGUGCCAACGAUGUCAGCAUGAUCUUGGAAGCUCAUGUUGGCAUUGGUAUUAAAGGUAAAGAGGGCCGGCAGGCAGUGAGGAACAGCGAUUAUGCCAUCCCCAAACUCAUGCACCUCAAGAAACUUUUGUUGGCUCAUGGGCAUCUCUACUAUGUUCGCAUUGCACACCUGGUGCAGUAUUUCUUUUACAAGAACCUUUGCUUCAUCUUACCUCAGUUUUUGUACCAGUUCUUCUGCGGCUAUUCCCAGCAACCCCUGUAUGGUGCGGUCUAUCUGACGAUGUACAACAUCUGCUUCACCUCUAUGCCCAUCCUGGCUUACAGCCUCUUGGAGCAGCACAUCUGCAUUCAGGAUCUGCUGGACAAUGCUACCCUCUACAGAGUGAUUGCCAAGAAUGCCAUGUUACGUUGGAGGCCAUUCCUCUACUGGACAUUGCUGGGAGUCUUCCAUGGUUUGCUUUUCUUCUUUGGUGUUCGCUUUCUGUUCAGUAACCCAGCUCUACAGGACAAUGGCCAGGUUUUUGGAAACUGGUCUUAUGGAACGAUCGUCUUCACCGUCCUUGUCCUCACAGUCACACUUAAGCUUGCUCUGGACACGCGACACUGGACGUGGAUCAACCACUUUGUGAUCUGGGGAUCUCUGGCUUUCUAUGUGUUUUUCAGCUUCCUCUGGGGAGGAACAAUAUGGCCUUUCCUGAGCCAGCAGCGUUUGUACUUUGUGUUUGCCAACAUGCUGAGUUCAGUGUCAGCCUGGCUGGUGAUCAUCCUCCUCGUCCUGCUCAGUCUACUGCCAGAGAUCCUGCUUGUGGUGUUCCGCAAGACCCACAGCCCCAACACUCGACAGCUCUCAGAUGGUCGCCUCCUACAAACAUCCAGAAUGCACCAGUUUCUUUAAUAUCGCACAAGCAUCUGAAGGUGUGUGAGUAAAAGGCAUCAAGGACUCACAACAACAUUCAGGAUGUCGUGCCAGUUGGUCGGAGCUGACCUGAAAAUAGGAGGAGAAGAAGAAGAAGAGGAGGAAAAAAUCAGAAGAAAGAGAGCGAGAUGCUGACUGGGGGGGUGGGAUGUAAAGGGAUUAAGCAGGCUUUUGACUUGUGUGUUUCUGCUCCGUCCUUCUCUGCUCAAUCCCAAAAUCUCCUAAACCCCCCAUGCAUGCCUGCAGAGCAGUGCCCUGCAUACUUUUUUAAGAUAUCUAAUAAGAUGCCAGGCAUGAGUUUUUCUUUCUUUUUACUCCUUUUUUUUUUUUAAACUAGCUUCCAAUUGAAUGCAUACACUUCUGUCAGUAGCUCUAUCUAACUGCUGUGUUUUAACAAGCAGUUGUGAUAUCCACUCCAAGAAUGGUUCACCUGCAUGAAAGAAGGCUCAAAAGAAGGCUUUCCUCCACUGAUGUUCAGUCACUGUGUCCUACUAAGUUUUACAAAGACACGAAGAUCCCUUUCUCACUAGUAACACUUUAAAAAAGGUUAUUCUACUUUACAGUUAAAACGCUUUCAAUGGUUAUUCUUAUCUUGUGUUCCAGAUAAUAUUAUCAUCCACGGGUUCAAAAUGAAGAAGUUACUGAACAUGAUUUCAAACCAGCUCAGAGCUGCAAAUGGUUUUCAGGACGAGCUAAAACAGACCAUAUUACCACUCAAUCCAAAAAGUGUGUGUUUGUGUGUGUGCGCGCAUGUGAAUGCAAGAUUGAGAUUUAGAUUAGAGACAACAAGCCUAUCCUGGCAAUGAAACUAUGCCUCAAUCCUCAGAGAUAAUUUAAGAGAGUCCAAUUUAGAUGAGAUAUUUAAUAUAUGUGUUGUACUGUAUAUAAUUAAGAGAUGUAUGACAGCAUCUGCUCAAAGCCAAAAAAAGAUGAACCUAAUACGAUUCGAUUCUGUGACCUGGAAGGGACCACUUGUCGUGUGUCCUGUGCAACUUGUACUGGUUGAGAAAAGUGAGAUAUGUCGGUCUGUGUGUGUGUGUGUGUGUGUGUGUGUGAAGAGUACCGGAAUUACUUGAACCUCGUUGAUGUAGUUCGGUCGGACGGUUCCUGCACUAUUGAGGACCGUUUCUUCAUUGCGUAGACGACAUGUUUAUUCAGUAUGUCUGAGCAUACGCAUGCACAUAUCUGAUGGCUGAGAACGUUACGCACACAUUCACCACACACGUUGUACACUCGAUACACACAUAUGCACUAGAGCCUAAAUGAGGUAUUUACUGUAUGUUCAUUAAUCCAUCACCUAGUUCAUGUACUUCUUCUCGGUCGCGCUGAAGUCGGGAUGUAAAGAAAACCAACUCCAGACCGGUAGAGUUGUUUCUGUUCGCGUGAGGCAACCCACUCCGUCCUCUUCCUUGUUUGUGGACUGUUCGGCCUUUAACCUCUUCUGUGUUAGUGCUUCAUACAUUCCAUUCCAACUUGCCAUUGUUUCAAACUCUUCAAGAUACUGCCUUGAAAUGCUUUGUUUUUUUCUUCACGGACGUGUAUUGUCCAUUUGCCAUAUUUAUUGUUAAGUGUAAUUUGAGUCACAAAGGUUAUAUUUUAUUACAUGAGUCUUUUCUUUUCUUUUUUAUUGGCGAGGAGUGCUCAGCUAUGUCGGUCGUUUGAGUUUUGCCUGUGUUACUCCAGCCCUGAUGUCAGCCCGUGCCAAUCCAAUGAUUGUCUUUGUCAUAUUUACAAAGACAGGCAGCCCCCCCCCCAAUCCCACACUCCCAACAUCCAAAAGUCUCCCUCUGAACCAGUGCCACUCCUUGUGCUCAGUGAUGUAACUCUUGGUUUAAACUGAUUAUUGGGUAAUUGUCACUACAAUGAUACGUGAGUUUUGUUACAGAAUCUAUCAGUUUGUUGAUUUGAAAGUUAAAACUCCAGCACAAUACUUUUAGUGCUGGUCUUGUAUUUCACUGCACUGAUUGUAGCCUGCCAUAUCUGAUACGGUGCAUCUGCACAAUGGCACAUGCAGUCAUACCACCAAGUGGAGAUUUAAAUAAAGUUAAUGUUGAUCUGUUUAUAAUUGGAAAAAUGUACAUGCAUUUCAGCUUUAUUUUCUACUUUAAAGUUUGUUUUAUUGAUGUUUGCGGUAGAGGCAGUUUUGACUCUGACUGCUCUGUGUUGGCGAUGUACUGGAUGUGAGGAGACGCAUCGAGAGGGGCUGCCUGCUUUGUUUAAUGAAAAAACCUUUAAGUGACAUCAGAGAUGCUAUUUUCUUGUUAUCUAAUUUUUUGCCUGUCUAAUGAAAACUAUAAAAAGAAUGACCUGUAUUUUUAAUGCAACCUUUUUCCAGCCACUUUUUGUACGAUAACCAAAAUGUCCCAAAAAAAGCACGAGAGGCUCUGUGGGUGUGGACGCGGUCUGUGAGGGGUGGAGGUGGACACCUUCAGGCAGCGACGUGUCGCACAGCAGGGACACCCCCCACCUCCAGCCCUCCAGCUUUCUCCAGCCUCGACACUCCAAACCUCGAAGCUGAAUGUACCUCUUUGAAACUAGUGUAUUGAAAACCCUGAAGUUCUUCUGUAAUAAAGCAGAAUGUUUUGAA